AAAAUAUCGCACCCGCUCCUCCCUGGCCCGUCGUUCUGGCCCGUCUUUCCGGCCCAACCACUGUCCGUCUCGGCUCCCUUUCGACCGGCACCGCGUCCACCUCUCCUUCCUCAGCCCGCCAUGAAGCUGUCCCUCUUGUCUCUGGCUCCCAGCUUCGCCACCAUCUGGGUCGGCCUCCUGGCUCCCUCCUCCGUUCAAGCCCAGGCCACCAACAUCUCUGCAGCCCUCACAGACCUGUGUUCGCAGAUGCCCGGCAUGCCUGGCUGCACCCUGAUGAACCUGUGUGCCCAGAACAGCAACGCCAUCGCCAGCCCGUACUGCUCGUCGCAGUCGCUGUUCACCGACAUCUGCGUCACUGACGGCAUGGGUCGCAUGUCUGGCUGCUCCUCCUACAACUCGACCUGUUCCUCCCAGACGUCUUCCUGCGUUUCGCCCUCUGGGAUGCCCACCAGCCAGGGUCUGGCCCAGCAGAUCUACUCCAUCUGCACCUCCAUGUCCAUGACCAGCUGCCAGGCGUGCCCGACCCUGUCCCAGCCAAAGUCCUCGCCCCCGAGCUACUCGGACUGCGACAUGUUCACCACCUACUUCAAUCUGUGCAAGGAGAUGCCUGGCAUGCAGCAGUGCGCCAUCUAUUCCUCAUUCUGUUCCGCCCAUCCCGAGUUCACCCUCUGCCAGGUCUCCACCGCCCUUGACCCGCCCACGAUGAAGAUGUACUUCCACACCGGCAUCCUGGACUAUGUCCUCUUUGAGUCGUGGGUGCCCAGAACAACUCUGCAGUACAUUGGCUACAUCGUCGCCACGCUCCUGGUAAGCUUUGUGUACGAGGGCAUCGUCGCCUACUCUCAGGUCUUGGAGAGCCAAUGGAACCACCAGCUUCUGAAGGCCAAAGGCGCCUUUGAUCAAGAGCACUCGGUUUCCGCCAAGGGGCUGUCCGGAAUCCAAAAGACCCGCAUCACCCUCGUCCGCGGUGGACUGCGCUUCCUCACCACGACCCUCGGUUACUCCAUCAUGCUCAUCACCAUGACCUUCAACUACGGCCUGUUCUUUGCUGUCAUCUUUGGCCUCGUUUUUGGUACCAUGGUCUUUGGGCAGUGGAGCAAGGAGGCCAUCACCAACCAGAGAAUCCGCUUCUCCCAAGAGGCCAAGACCCAGUUCACGCUCACCUCGCUUCAGCAGGAGGACAUCUCGGGCGACGACCAUGCCUGCUGCCACUGAGCCCAGACGCCGAAGGAUACCUGAUCAUUCGUGCUACACCUGUCUUACCCCCCUUUCCUUGACCACUCGACCAAAGACUCGAUUAUGGUGCUGUGAUAUGAACCCCUUCCAUAAGUACCUUUGCCUCACUCCUUUACAACUUCCCAAAGCCAUCUCCUCGCUUCCCCCGCUUUCCCACUCUUCCGUGGCCACGUUUCCGUUCUUACCACCGUUUCCCACACCCUUAAGCGCACUCGAUGAGUCGCCGAGUGUCUGCCAGCUCGCCAGCGACACAGAUGCUGGUUUCGGUGAAUGCCGAGUAGCCGAAGGGUGAAUAAAACUUUUCGAUAUGGCUGGAUUGGCGGUGGUCCUUGAUCCCACGAAAUCCUCAUAUGUGCAACCGAUGCAGCUCCUCUCAAAAUACAUCGC